AUGGCACACUGCUUGGGGCCUGUGCUGCUGCUGCUGCUACUAAUACUGGGGUCUGCAAGCUCCGCUGGGGGGAACCGCUGCGUGGACGCUGCAGAGGCGUGUUCAGCCAACGCGCUGUGCCAGCGGCUGCGCACCAAGUACGUGGCUCAGUGUCUGGGGCAGGUCGCACACCGGAGCUGCCCCCGCUCCCGCUGCCACCGCGCCCUGCGCCGCUUCUUUUCCCUCGGUCCUCAGGCGCUCACCCACGCGCUGCUCUUCUGUCCAUGUACGAGCCCCGCGUGCGCCGAGCGACGGCGCCAAACCUUCGUGCCCGCCUGCGCCUUCUCGGGGCUGGGCCAUGAGCCGCCCUCCUGCCUUGCAGCCUUGGACGCUUGCGAGAAGAGCCUGGUCUGCAGGCCCCGCCUCCUGGCCUUUCAGGCCUCCUGCGCGUCGACCCCCAGCUCCCAAGAMGGUUGCCUGCGGGACCAGGGUCCCGGUUGCCUGCGCGCCUACGCGGGCCUGGUGGGCACCGCGAUCACCCCCAACUACGUGGACAACGCGAGCGCGCGGGUGGCUCCCUGGUGCGACUGCAGAGCCAGCGGAAACCGGCAUGAGGAGUGCGAAGCCUUCCGGGGGCUCUUUACAAGGAACCGCUGCUUGGAUGGUGCCAUACAAUCCUUUGACAGCCAAUGGCCCUCAAUCCUGCAGGACCAGCUGGAUUCCCACCACAACCUUGGGCAGCRCCUCCUACAGGUGUCCUCGGCCGACAGGCCCCUGGAAGGGAGCUCCUUGCAGUCCAUACUCCCUGUUCUGGCUCUCCAGUCCUUGCUCUAA